UUAAUAUAUUUUAAUUUCUUUUAACAUUAUUCUAAAUUAUAUUUACUGACCUUGCACUUCUCCUCGUAGUUUCUUUAUAAACAGCAGUAACUGAAGUACAAAAAUGCUUAUUAGACAAGUAUACGUGGUCAACAAGCCUACUUUUCUUCAAUAAUGCCAUUCAUUAAAUAGCAUUAAAAUCGAAUCGUUAGUUUUUGCUAUUUGAAAUUUGAAAAAUAAUUAACCUACUAAAAAAUAAUUUUAUGUGUAUUAUUUCUUAAAACUACCUCAAUUAUUACAUAUAUUAACGGUGUAUUAACAUAUUUUAUAUAAAUAUGUACAAUUUAUCAACUUCAUUUGACGAAUAUCUUCGAGGAGAGCAAAAAAAAUAUCCACAACUUAAAGUUCAAGAUAUACAAUUAUUAAGAAAAAGUUUAGAAAAAGAAAAACAGAUACCUUUUAUUUCAGAGAAAAAACUCAUAGCUUUUUUACAUAGUUGUUAUUUUGACGUAGAAAUGGCUAGAAUUACAGCUAUAGAAUGUUAUAAAUGCUAUUUUGAAGUUCCUCAAUUAUUUUGUAAUUUAGAUCCACGUGCCGAUGAUGUACUUUUAAACUACGAUUGCACGAGUUUAGGAGAUCUAACCUAUAAUUUAAAAUCUAAAAAUGAUCGUUAUUUAUAUUGGCAGUUUAAGGAUACUAAUCCAGAAAUGCUCAAUUACAUGGCCAUAUUUAAAGUUUUAUAUAUGUGGAUGGAACGCACUUUAUUGACUGAAGGAACCUUUGAUGGAGUUAUUAUAAUAAUUAACACAGCUGGAUUAAGCUGGCGACAUAUUCUAAAACUUCCAAUAGGUGCCGUUAGUAAACUCUUGAAGUUCUUACAGGAAGGAUUACCUCUUCGAUUGAAAAUGGUACAUGUUUUAAAUACGGGACCAUCAGUAACAAUGUUAUUAAACAUUAUAUCACCGUUUAUUGGAAAAGAACUUAUGAGUAAAAUAAUGUUUCAUGCAUCUGGUUCUAUAAACGUUUUUGACCAUAUACCAAAGAAUCUUUUACCAUUUGAAGUUUCUGGUUCAGGAAAAUCUCAUAAUUUUUACAAUGACUGUUUUUAUGAAUUUAUCACUGAAUACCGUGAAUGGUUUUUAGAACAAAACUGUGAAUUAAAAAAAUAUGCCGUUGCAAGAAAUUAACAAAUUUAUAUCAAUUUUUAUUAUUUAAAAUUCAUUUUUUACUAUGAUUUUUUAAGUGUCCGUUACUAUAUAUUUGUGUAUUUUUUGUAAUCUGUGAUAUUUUUUAAGGUUAUAUAAAGUAUUUUCUUCAUAA